GUUUGAAAGUGUGGGUUUCAACGUCUGACCUUGGGCUCGGUUCGGCUAACAUCGAUUUAAUAAGCACGUGGGAAAAUCAAAGGCGGGUUCGCAUAUUAGAUUUCGUCAUUAUUCAGGAGACAACUUUUUAUUUCUAAGAAGCCUAGGUUAUGCCCAUACAGUGCAGGUUCUACGAGGAUUUAUUCCCUGAGGUCGGAGAUGUCGUGCUCGUGACAGUUAAAGUCAUCCAGUCAAUGGGUAGCUAUGUGGAACUUCUGGAGUACAAAAACAUUGGAGGAAUGAUAUUACAUAGUGAGCUAUCCCGUCGACGCAUAAGAUCUAUCAGCAAGCUUGUCCGAAUUGGGUCUAAUACUGAGGUAACUGUGGUACGAGUCGACAGUGCCAAAGGUUAUAUUGAUUUGUCAAAAAGAAGAGCAUCUGCAGAAGAAAUAGCGAAGUGCAAGGAAAGGUUCGCCAAAGCAAAGGCGGUCAACCAAAUCUUGAGGAAUGUAGCUGAGAAGUUAGAUUAUAAGACUGAUGAACAACUUGAAGAGCUAUGUAGAAAAACCGCCUGGUAUUUUGACAGAAAAACUGGUCGAAGAGCUGGUUCGUAUGACAUUUUCAAGAAAGUUGUGAAGUCAGUCUUUUUUUACCUAGUUUUCUGAAUGUGCUUUUUGGGUACCCCAAAAAUAACACGUUUUGAUUGUUGAGCAAAUAUCUAAUAAUAAUCAGUUGGUAGGUCGUUCAUCGCACUAGUAUUAUUGUGAACCACUACCCCUGGGUUGAACUCGUAGUUAAGUAGACCUGAUGAAAGUCAUUAAGUCAACAUAGUUCUAACUAACCUCUAUUUACUACUUCAUUUCCAAAUUUACACAGAGUAUGGUACAAAGACUUGCUCUUCCAACAAGGUUCCUAGACAAGUCUUGUUAAAGUGAUUGAAGCAUUGCUGUCGACGUAAUGCACGUGAAACAUUUCUAUCCUGCUGUUUAGUAUUGUGUUAUUCUUCUGCUUAGUCAUUAAGACAAAAACAAGAGCCCCGAAAAUCAUGUAGCCAAUGUGUGGUCAUUUUUUCACUGACUAACACCAAUAUAUCCUAAUAAUAAAUAUAUUUUCGUGAUAUCCCAUUAAGUAGAAAAUGAUAAUUCUGACGUCUCAUGGCUUUCCACUCAUUGGGAUAUCACAAAAACAUUUGUUAUUACCUGUUUUACCAGAUUCACACCUUAUUUAAAACUACCAAGUCCAGCCAUGGCAUUGAUUUCUAUCAACACUUAUUAUACCAAUACUCAUGUCGUCUUAAGGUUGUCAUGUUAUUUGGUAUGCUGCACCUUUUAUUGCACUAAGCCUACCAAAUACUUCUCCUUGAAAUGCUUAUUUAAACAUCCAAAUAAGGUUGCUACACUAGUCACUUAUAACCUGAUAUAUUUUAAAUGAAAUUCUCAGCGUCAGGUCUUAAUAAAGUUUAAAGUGUAUAACCAUAAAUGAUAGCAUUAGCGCAAAUCUCGGUAACUUACCAUCGUGCAUAAAUUGAGUAUACAUGGUAUUUUAUUUUGAUGGCCUUGAAACAUAUACAGGUUAGAUGGGUAUCUUAGUUUCGCUCCCUUAAAAUGUCUAAAUUUUAGACGCUAGUCGUCAGUGUCACUACUUUUGCGUAAUCAGUUCUUAUAUGUAAUUGUCACACAAGUUUAUCUCUAGGGUCAGCAGGUCAAUCGAUAUGAUCGUUAAUACUUAGGAGGUUAAGCUAAACAGUUAUUGAUAUGAUAACACAACCACUUUUAUUUUGUGAACAAUAUGCUGAUUCCGGAUGAUCUUAAACGAGAGAAAACUAGAUUUUAGAAAUACUAUUGUUGUUCUUAGUUUAUAUCACGAUUUAGACAACGUCAACAGUAAAACCUUCAGAAAAUGUGAGAGUAAGCAAAUUUUCCUAACACCCGUUUUCACUAGAAGUGCAUCUGUAAGCUGUCGUCCAUACAGGACUUUGUAUUGUAGUCCAUCGAGAAAAUUUCGUAUGGUGGUGAUGAUUUUCUCAGGCACAGUGUGAAAGAAGAUUACUUAAGAUUCUCCUAUGGUGCUCGACCGGAUUAUGAAGACGUCUAAAUAUCAGGAUAAGCAUGGAAUGCAAUGGACAGCUUGGAUGCAGCUAGACGAUUUAGACUUCGUAGAUGACCUAGUGCUCCUAUCUCGUACGCAACAAAAAAUCCAGAUAAAUAUAGCCAAUAUAGCAGCAGCCGCCUCUACAACAGUAUGUCCCAACAUGUACGACGGAAAAAGCAAGUUCCUUAAAUAUAUCACAGUGAGCAUCAACCGAAUCACACUUGGUGGAGAAGCUUCGGAAGGGGUGGGUGCCUUUUCGCACCUAGGGAGUAUCAUUUAAAAACAAGAGGGAUCUAAUGAAGUUGUGAAGACACGUAUUGGCAAAGCAAGAGUCAACAUCCUUACAACUAAAGAUCACUUGGAACUGAAAACAAUCGUCACCCGAGACCAAAGUCAUAAUCUUCAAUACGAACCUCAAGAUUUCUAUUGCACUGAGCUGAAACUUGGAGAACUACUACAACCACAAUUGAAAAGGUACAGAUAUUCAUAAACAGCUGUCUAUGCACUAUACUCCAGAUCCAUUGAACGGAGACCAUCAGCAAUAACCUACUGUUGCAGAGAACGAACCAGCUUCCAACUGAAGAGAGGAUUAAGAAAAGACUGGAUGUGGAUAGGACACACAUUGGAGAAAUCAAACUGCGUCAUGAGGCAAGCCCCAACUCAGAAUCCUCAUGAUGAAAAGAGGAAAAGGCAGACCAAAGAACACAUUGUUCCGAGAAUCUGAAGCAAAAAUCAAAAGAAUGAAUAGUACUUGGGAAAAACUGGGAAUAAGAGUCCAAGACAGAGUAAAUUUUGGAAUCCUGGUCGGCGGCCUAUGUUCCACUAUAGGUAAGGGGUGCAAGUAACUCAUGAUGUUUGCAGAACUCUAUUUCGUCAGCGUCAUCGCCCAAAAGGACUUUGUCGUUUGCGUGUUUCAAGUUGAUGAAUGAAUCAUCAAGUAGGAGACUAAUCUUUGGAAUGUCAAACGAAGGAAGAGUUAUCCCCAAAAGUAUCUUUAUGAUAAAGGUACACAAAAAUGAUGGGUUUGGUUUUCAUUGACUAACACUACUUGAUGUAACCAGUUUAGAGAACAGUUGACUAUAGGCAGUGACUUGACCACAGAUAUUUCAGUAAAGAUCCUUCACAUGUUCUGUGAACUUCUAUGGUGUCUUUCAAUGACAAACGUUACCGUAAAACCUGUCGACUAUCAGAUUACUAUUGAACCGCCGAACCAAUUCAGGAAGUUUGUUUUCAGUACCAGGAAUGUUGAUUGAAGAUCUGUUAAGUGAAGUAAAUUUAAUCGGAAUCCUAAAUCCAACAGAUACCUAACAACAGUUAACAGCCAGUUGAGUGGUGAAAUUGUUCACAUGAUCUUUUUCAAUGAAAACCGCUAAUACAACGGUUAAUACAUUGGUAGUUGUUGUUUCUGAAGCUAUUCCGUCAAAGGGAAUAGGUUGCAGAAACGAUAUAUUAAUCAUUUUCCUUAUUAUUUUUAUUCUGUACACCUCUUUUCAAGUAGUGUUCUGAAGAUAUUAGACAUGUACUUAGAAGUUUAGUGUAUAGUUAAAAUUUCACUGGUUAUUUUGUAUUCACUCUCAUAAGUGAUUAUGAACUCUUAUCUGUGUACACAUAUAUGUUUCUAAUUGUCUGUGUACGUAUAUUUGACGUCCUUGUUGCAUUUAAACCAUGCACUGCAUUUUUGGUUUAGGAAUAUAUAUAUAUAUAUAUAUAUAUAUAUAUAUAUAUAUAUAUAUAUAUACGAAUUAUUCAAUGCAUACCCUCUUAUUCAUUCAUACAUCAACCGUUCCGUUUGUCUGAUUGUUUGACUAAAGAACAAGCUUGUUUAGAAAAUCAACCUUAUCUAAUAACCCCUCGUGUCGUGACUUAAUACCACACCGUAGGCAAAUGUAAUCGCAAAGAUGUUUAAGUCGAUUAGCACUACAAAGCCAAUAAGGAUAAGUUGACAAUAAGAACCUAUCAGCCAAAAAUACUAAAAGUUCCAGGGAUUAAUGAUGUCCUAUUAUACUUGACAUAUUCAACGAUGACCAAACAAGGUAACUAUUUAUUGAAACUCAUUUUUCUUACAUUAAAACUAAUUUCAAAAGAUUCGGUUUUCAGUUUAAGCUAAUCAAUUAAUUUCAAUUCUAAAAGUCAGUUUUAUUUAUUAUUCGAUUAAAUUCACGUAUCGUAAACAACUUAUGAAUUUAUAGUUCACCGGAAAUUCUUGAUGAAUGUGACAUAGAUCAGCCAACAAAAGAAAUGCUUCUCACUGAUAUCAGACAUCGAUUAACACCAAAAGCAGUAAAGAUUCGUGCUGACUUUGAGGUUUCGUGUUUCACUUAUGAUGGUAUCGAUGCUGUUAAAAGUGCACUUCGCUCUGGACUGGAACUCAAUUCAGAUUCCCUUCCAAUCCGGAUCAAUCUGAUAGCACCACCACUUUAUGUACUGACCACACAAACGAUGGAUCGAGCUGCUGGCUUAGAACAGCUACAUGAAGUGUUAGAUGUCAUCAAGAAAUCGAUUGAAAAUCAAGGUGGUUCAUUCAAAAUUCAACAGGCUCCUCGAGUUGUUUCAGAUACAGAUGACGCGGACUUACAACGCCAAAUGGAUGAAUUAGAAAAAGCGAAUCGUGAAGUUUCUGGUGAUGAGGACGAUGAAGACGAAGAUGACGAGGAUGAGGAAGAUGAUGAUGAAGCAUCGAAUGAUGGAGACCAAAAUGGACAAAAGUGAUAUGAGUAUUUAUUCAAAUGUAUGAAUAAAGUUUCUUCGCACUGACUUAAGAUUAAUCACACGGUUAUGUAGCAGAUAGUAAACCAUUUACCGAAUUUCGUUAAUAGUCCGUCCCGCACAUUCGAGAAUUGAUAACCCGCUUGACGAAAGCAGAAUUUGUAGUCCCUAUAGUCAACUAUUAUUAUUUAUCAUGAGACUGUGGUACUCACCCAUUUGAAAACCUUAAUUUUCCUGGAAUGUUACCCGGAUGUCGAUAAGUGACGAGCAGAUACUUACAUAGUUAUGCCUGUUACCCUUAGUGGAGCAUAGGCCGCCGACCAGGAUUCUACAACCUACUGUGCCUUUGGCUUAUUUUUGCAGCCAUUUGACUGGUCUUCACAGUCUCCCGCAUUGUAUGGACAUUCCAUGUACCUAUAUUGAUUGUUGUUCUGGGUUGUCAUUAAAGGCAUCAGUAUUGUGAUUUUCGAAGAAUCUUAGUUUUCAUCACGAGGCGUUAUGAUUUUUUUAGACGAAAAUCCCUCAACUCCCAGGGCAGAGUUUAAACGGUUUUUUUUACUGGUUAACGUCUUUUAGCAAAGUUGUUUUCUACGAAAUGGAGCUGCAAAUCUCGUGCCCAACUCUGUUCCUCUAACCGGGCUUGGGACUAGCAGUAGCCCUAGAAGGGAAACAGGUGGAGUUGGCCAUCUAUAAAUUAGUUAAAAGCAGUGAAUCCUCAGGUCACUAAGUCCUGUCUAUAAUUGUGUAAUGGGAUUAGUGAUAGUCUAUUGUGCAUGGUCUGCUUACAGUCAGUUUCCUCAAUGUAUUUGUGUAGUUUGGUGGUAAUCAGUAUUGUAAGUGCAUUUAGUGCGUCGACUUCAAUAUUUAUGUCUAGUUAGACUAUUGUGUUGCGAUUAAGUACAUUUCAGUCAACGAAACAGCUAUCCCGACCGUUGUUACUACCUUGACAGGGUAGUCGCACUUGCCCAUCGUGAUGAAUCUGUCGAGCUAUACUGACCAGAACAAUCGUUCCUCAAGGACCUACCAUGCUAGAGAGGUCGAUUAGAAUAAAAGCAGCAAACCCAAGGUCCGAGGGCGCCCCACAAUGGUAGUAUUUCUCGACCUUAAGGCGGCAUUCGACUCUGUAGAUCGUGAGGUUCUAUGGCAGUGUUUGUCACUGAAAGGAGUACCAAAGAAGUACAUUAACC